AUGGCUUCGUACCGGGUGCGGGUGCGCACCGGGAGCCAGCCCGGGUCCGGCACCGCCGACUCCGUCGCCGUGACCCUGGUGGGGACCCAGGGGGCCAGCCCCAAGACCCCCCUGGACAGCUGGGGGCCGGACUUCUGCUGCGGGACGGAGCGCGAGUACCGCGUGGUGGCCCCGCGGGCGCUGGGGCCGCUGCUGCUGGUGCGGGUGCACAAGGAGCCCUACGGGCGCCUGCCCCAGAGCUCCUGGUUCCUCGAGGGGCUCCGCGUGUGGCCCGAGGGGACGCGGGGGCAAGGGGGGGACCCCGAGGACCCCCGGGGCGAGGACCCGAAAGCUGGGGGCGCUGGGGGCAAGAACCCAAAAGCUGGGGACGUAGACCCGAAAGAUGGGGACAAGAACCCACAAAAUGGGGACGAAGACCCCAAAGCUGGGGACAAGGACCCCAAAGCUGGGGACAGGCACCCGGAAAAUGGGGACAAGAACCCGAAAAAUGAGCGUGGGGACCCAAAAGAUGGGGACAAAGACCCCAAAAACGGGGACACGGAGGACGAGGACACCGACGGUGACGACGACACCGAGGACGACGACGACACCGAGGACGUGACCGGCGACGCGAGUGACACCGACGAGGAGCUCGCUGACCCCGACGCCCCCUCCGACCCCGAAAACCUUGGGGCCCCCUGCGACCCCGACGACCCCUGUGACCCCGACGACCCCUACGAUGACCCCGAUGACCCCGACGAUGACCUCGAGGCCGCCUACGCCGCGGGGGACACCGGGGGCACCGAGGAGGUGGCCCCGUGCUACUCCUUCCCCUGCUACCGCUGGCUGCGGGGUUUCGGCACCUGGGAGCUGCCCGAGGGCUCAGCCAAGACCCCCGCCCAGGAGUGUCACCCCCUGCUGCGGCGUCACCGGCGCCGUGCCCUCGCCCAGCAGCAGCGGCGGUACCGGCUGGCCCCCUUCGCCCCCGGCCUCCCCUGGGCGCUGCCCCUGGGCUCGGCGCCCGACCCCGACCUCGACUUCUCCCUGCCCAGGGCGGCCGCCUUCUACCUGCGGGCGGGGGCCGCUGUCCCCACUGUCCGUGAGCCCCAAAACUACGUGUCCCCGUGCCCCACGUCCCUUUAUCCCCGUGUCCCCGUGCUACAUGUCCAUGUGUCCCUUCGUCCCCAUGUCCGUGUGUCCCCGUGCCACGUGUCCCCAUGUCCCCAUGUCCCCAGGAACCUGGAGACGAAGCUCAAGGGCUUCCUGGACCGCCCGAUGUCCUGGGAGAGCAUCGAGGCCAUCACGCGCGUCUUCUGCUUCUACCGCACGCCCGUCACCGAGUACGUGGUGCGGCACUGGCGGGACGACGCCUUUUUCGGGGAGCAGUACCUGAGCGGGGUGAACCCCGUCCUGCUGCGCCGCUGCCCCCGCCUGCCCCCCAACUUCGCCGUCACCCCCCCCAUGGUGGCGCCCAGCCUGGGCCCCGACACCUGCCUGCAGCGGGAGAUGGAGAAGGGGGACGUGUACCUGGCCGACUACUCGGUGCUGGACGGGAUCCCCGGGGUGCUCAUCGACGGGAGCCCCACGUUCGUCUGCGCCCCCCUCUGCCUCCUGCACCAGCGCCCCGACGGGAAGCUGCUGCCCCUCGCCAUCCAGCUAUCGCAGCAGCCGGGCCCCGUGUUCCUGCCGCGGGACCCCCCGUGGCUGUGGGCGCUGGCCAAGGCGUGGGUGCGCAGCGCCGAGUUCCACGUCCACGAGGCCGUCUCCCACCUCCUCCGCGCCCACCUCCUGGGGGAGGUCUUCGCCCUGGCCACCCGGCGGCAGCUGGCGCCCCGCCACCCCCUGCAUAAGCUGCUGCUGCCCCACACACGGUACACAGUGCACAUCGCGGUGCUGGCGCGGCGCUUCCUGCUCAACCCCGGCGGCGUCUUUGACCGGGCCAUCGCCCUGGGGCGCCGGGGGCUACUGCGCGUGGUGGCGCGGGGGCUGCGGAGGCUGCGCUACGGGGACCUGGUGCUGCCCCGUGACCUCCGGCGCCGCGGCGUCACCCGCACCCGCGGCUACCACUACGGGCAGGACGCCCGGCGCCUCUGGGCUGCCAUCCGCAGCUUCGUGGACGGCAUGGUGCGCCUCUACUACCCGUGCGACGCGGCCGUGCGCGACGACCCCGAGCUGCAGGCCUGGGUGGCCGAGAUCUUCCACAAGGCUUUCCUCGGCCGCCGCCGCUCCGGUGUGCCCUCGUCGCUGCGCACCCUGCGGGAGCUCGUCACCUUCGUCACCAUGAUCAUCUACACCUGCUCCGCGUACCACGCUGCCACCAACAGCGGCCAGUUCGAGCUGGGCGCCUUCAUGCCCAACCUGCCGGCGGCCAUGCGGAGGCCGCCCCCCCGGAGCAAGGCGCCGCUGAGCGAGGCCGACUUCCUGGGCGCGCUGCCCGCCGUCAACACCACCUGCAUCACCCUCGGGGUCCUCUGGGUGCUGCGCAACGAGCCCCUCGACAUGCGCCCGCUGGGCUCGUACCCCGAGGAGCACUUCACGGAGGAGGCCCCGCGGCGCCUGCUGGGCGCCUUCCAGCGCCGCCUGGCCCGCAUCUCCCGGCGCGUCCAGCGCCGCAACGCCGCCCUGCCCCUGCCCUACCCCUACCUCGACCCCGCCGCCAUCGAGAACAGCAUCGCCAUCUGA